UGGAAAUUUAAUUACAUUUCUGAUAUUUAGACCCUUUUGAUAUUAUCCGAAGAGGUAAAUUUAUUCUGAUAAAUAUGGGUUUUUUUUGUGUGAGCAAAAUCAUCCGCAAUAUUUUUCAAUCAAAAAAGAAAAGCUCGAAAAAAGCGAAAAAAGAUUUAGAAAUAUUCAACAAAGUUCAUCAAUGUGGUGACGAAGCUAUUUUUAAAGAUCUAGCAAUACUUUUCCAGAGAAUUUCUUUGAACAUUCAAACGAAAGAAGAUUUGCCUACAUUUUUUGAAUAUGAAUUAUCUGCAUUUCCUACCACGUUGUUUGAUGCAAAUGGAAUGAGAAAAACAAGAAAUAUCGAAUUUUACUUACAUUUUAAUUUCAUUUAUGAUAUUUCUCCUCACAUAAAUGAUUAUUUUGUAAUCGACGGAUGUUUUCUUUUACAACAUAUUGUUUGGCCCGCAAAAACACCAGUCAAGAAUAUUAUCAAUUUCUUUAUCAAUUAUAUUGUUGAACAUUACUCUCGAAAAUGUUGUGUUAUAUUCGAUGGAUAUCCUGAAUCUGUUGAUGGAAGAUGGUAUAUAAAAACUGCAGAGAGGCAAAGGAAAAAUAUAGGACGAGAAAUUGAAAUCUAUGAAGACGGCAUUAUUGGUGUAGCCUCAGAUACAUUUUUUAAUGUAACUACAAAUGAAGUAAGAUUGAUUCACAUACUUUGUAAGAAAUUAAAUGAGGCAGGUUUUUCAACGAAAAUUGCCGAAGAAGAUGCCGAUGCAUUAAUUGUUGAAAUGGCUAUGCGCUAUGCUAAUGAAAACUACAGGACAUGGAUCGUUGGAACUGACGUAGAGUUAUUGACAAUUUUAACAGCACGAACACAGCAUUUGGACAAUAUAUUUUUUUUGCACCAAGAAAAAGAUUUCACUUUCCACGUGUGCAGCAAUCAAAGUUUCAAAUAUCCUCAACUUCAGUGUAUUAUAUUAUUCCUACAUGCAUUUUCAGGAUGCAACACAACCUCAUCUUUUUUGAAUAAAAGAAAACGAGCAUUAAUUAAAUUAUUUUUGAAGAGAAAAGAUUUGAUAUUGGAAGCAAAAAAAUUUUAUUAUACAAACACACCAAGGCACGAAAUUGCAUUUUCUGGUAUGAAAAUAGCUCAAGAGUUAUAUGGCGGAAAAAAUCGAGAUAUUACACUGAAUGAAUUACGAUUUCGUCGUUUUGUCAAACUAAGUGGAAAGGGGUUGGUAAAAUUUGAAUCUUUACCACCUACAGAAGGCAGUGUUAUACAACAUGCGUAUAGAACAUAUUUGCAAGUGCAAUCUUGGCUUGGCAACAAAAAAAGAGCUACUGAUUGGGGCUGGUAUAUGACAAAUGGAAAUCUCAUUCCUUUGCACAGCGAUAUGCCCCCUUUUCCACAGGAGCUCGAAGACUACUAA